GGAGCAGCAGGGAGCAGCUGGCUGGGCACAGGGCCCGAGCGUGGAGAUUACCUGGAAGCUUCCCUCCCCAGAGACCUUCCCUGCUGGCCCUGCUCCUGAACCUGCAGGUGGCUCCUCUUGGACGUCUGUGAUUCCGCCUCCCCACCAGACAGCGAGGUGACCUGGUGAUGGAGGGCCCCCCGGCGGGGUGGGCACCCUUCCACCGCGACACGCCCCUGCUGGAGAGCUGGGCGCUGUCCCGGGAGGCCGGCACCUCUGUCUUCCUCAAGUGUGAGAACGUGCAGCCUGCCGGCUCCUUUAAGAUCCGGGGCAUCGGGCACUUCUGCCAGCAGAUGGCGAAGAAGGGGUGCAAACACCUGGUGUGCUCCUCAGGGGGCAACGCGGGCAUCGCUGCCGCGUACUCCGCUCAGAAGCUGGGCAUCCCGGCCACCAUUGUGCUCCCCGAGACGGCCACCACGCAGGUGGUGAGGAGGCUGCAGGGCCAGGGCGCGGAGGUCCAGCUGGCCGGAAAGGUCUGGGACGAUGCCAAUCUGAGGGCACAGGAGUUGGCCAAGCAGGACGGCUGGGUGAAUGUCCCCCCGUUUGACCACCCUCUGAUAUGGGAAGGCAACGCCAGCCUGGUGCGGGAGCUGCAGGCCGCCCUGCGGACCCCGCCGGGCGCCGUGGUGCUGGCAGUGGGCGGCGGGGGGCUCCUGGCAGGGGUGGCGGCCGGCCUGGUGGAGGUGGGCUGGCAGCACGUGCCCAUCAUCGCCAUGGAGACCCGCGGGGCGCACAGCUUCAACGCAGCGGUGCAGGCGGGCGAGCUGGUCACGCUGCCAGACAUCACCAGGGCACGUUUUCCUUGGUCUAUAUGGUUACAAAAGCAACCCGGGCGCAGCGCAGGUGAAUUAGAAACUGAAGACGUGAAGUGUGCCCCAGGAAGCACCAGCUCCUGGUGGCUGCUGGCGUCCCUGGGCUGAGGGUGGCCGCACACCAGUCUCCGCCUCUGUCUUCACCCUGAGUCUCUCAGCAGCCUUUCCUUUCCUUACGAGGACACCAGUUCUGGGAUUUAGGGUCCACCCGAAUCCCUCAUCUGUGACCUUGUCAUGUCCUGAGCCCAGUCGCUCCGGGGCAGCCGGACAGAGUGUCGGGAGACCCAAGGAAGCUGAGACCUUGCCGGAGGCCGGAGGCCAGAGGCUCAGCCCACCCGUGACGCGCUGAGCACCUCUGUCCUCCAGCUGCCCCGCCGGGCGGCGCCUCCUCUCCCUCGUGGUGCUUUGCCCAGCGGUGGCCAGCCGGGUGGGGACACAUCCCUCCCGGGCCUCGGUUCCGCCCCCGUCCCCACAGAGGGCUGCACGCGUCAGGCUGCAGAGGCGGCGGCCUCGUGGGCUGUCGCUCGCUUAGCCUGUGGUCUGACCAGCAUCCAAGGGGCAGCCGUCCCUGUGGACGUGACGAGAGUGGCUUUCUACAGAGAACCCCAACCUGGCCGGUCCUGUGCCCGGGGGAGCCAGUGUCCUCCACCAUGAUGUGGAUUGGAGUGUCCAGCCAGGCUCGCUCCCUGGUCCCCUUAACUUGGCGAGGUUUAGGGGGACGGGAAAGGGGACAUGCAGGGACAGGUUGUCUGACUGUCCCCUUUUUUGCCAGGACCCCACUUCCAAACUGGGCACAUUCUGAGGCUCUGGGGGAAUGGCUUUGGGAAGACCAUGUGGCCCCUGUGGUCAGCGAGCACCACCGUCCAUGUGGUGUGAAGUGCCCGCUGCCUGCUGGGACUCGGGACGUGGCCGUGUAUCAGGGUAGAAGGGCUGGAACCCAGACAGCCCUGUUAGUGGGCUUCCCUAAGCACCUGCUGUAUACUGGUCCUGGAUGGCCAUUAGAGAAACGGAAGUCCACCUGGCCUCCAGGGAGUCCAGCCUCGGGGCGUUUCUGCCUCUUGGUUCACCUGCCCUGCUCCUGCCUGGGCCUGACCCCUGGGUGCUCUCUGGCCUGGACUCUUGGUCCCUCCGGCCCCUCUUCCUCUGAGGUCCAUCUGGGAUGCCGACCCCUCUUCCUCUGAGGUCCAGCUGGGCAGAGGCUCCGGGCUGCGAGAACCUGCAGGCGCGUCCCCUUGUGUCCCUGUGGCUCCACCUGCUGCUCUCGCUUGCGUGUUUACCUAUCGCUGUGGCCCCGCCACACUGUGCUCCUAACAAUCGCUAAGGCCGCAAGAGCUGCCUCCGAACUUCCUGUCGGGCUCGGCUCUCCGCACUUUAAGUUUCCCCUCAGCCGGGCCUGGUGGUUCAGACCUGCAAGUCCAGCCUCUCGGGGGCCCGAGGCAGGAGGCUCCCAGGUUCAAGGCCAGCCUGGGCAACUCAGCAAGACCCCGCCUCAAAAUAAUAAUUAAAAAGGGCUGAAGAUGUGGCUCAGUGGUAAAUGCGCUGGGGUCUGAUCCCCAGGGUGGCUAAACAGAUAAAUAAACAUUUUAACUCAUUUAGUCCCACAGAUGUCCUCAUGCACCCAUUUUUCAGAUAAAGAAACUGAGGCCCAGAGAGGCUAAGUGACUUUCCCAAGGUCACACAGCUAGAGCAGAGGCUUGAAAACAGCCACCCUGGCUCCAGACUCUGCGGUCUGGGUUGCUCAGGGGACAGAGGUUCCCCGCAAAGUGCAUGACCCAUCUCUCAGCAGAUAUAGCUGGGAGAUGAUCCCAAGCACCGGGGAAAGUCACAAACUGGAGCCAGGCCGCCUGGAUUGGAAUCUACAUUCUGCUACAGAGUGGCUGUGUGUCUUUGAGCAGGUUACUUCACCUCUCUGAGCUCAGUUUCCUCCCCUGUAGAAUGGAUCUAAAAAGUUUCUCACUCGAAGGCGGUUGCAGGACGGAAGCAGGAAAUCCGUGCAUUCAGCAUGUUGGACACAUUUCACGUAUUAACCGCAGCACAGUCGUGAGAGGUGUUAAUGAGUCAGUGAAGGAAAAAGCCCUUUCUGUGCUCGGCUUGCUGGUGUGCAGGCAGAGGGACUGGAGCCUCUGUCCUGCUCAGGAGGCAGGAGUCGAGCACCGGGGUGGGGGGCUCACGACAGGGGCACAGUCGUUGCAGGGUGCGGGGGCG